AUGGCUGCUCCCCGUUCAACUUCAUUACGCGCUCUCCGCGUGCUUUCCCAGCAACAUACCACUACACCUUGCGUUCGCCGUAGCUUGCAUAUCACUGGCGCAAACUCCGCGCAACCGGUUAAUGUGACCGACAAGGCUUCGUUUUAUGCCACUCGUACUUUGGCUGAUCUCAAGCUCGAAUGCAAAAAGAGAUCGAUAGCAAGCAAUGGUACUCAAGCCGAGCUUGUGGAACGGCUUUCCAACCAUGAUUUCCUACAGUCUCGUGCUUUUAGCAUCGCCAUGAAAAGAAUCAAUGGCAGCUCUUCUACAGAUCCCUCCGUCCGUCAUUUCAACACUUCUCGUGCCGCAAAGGCCGUCGGAGAUUCAUCCACUGUCGAUUUUGCAUACUUCCCUUCUAUGGAGGAGAUUGAUGCUCCUCCCUCUCGUCCGGACCCACGCUUUCCGAUCCUCUCCGAUAUCUACAAGUACUAUGAUCCCUCAAAGCAGUCGAUCACGUCCGACCCGCCCAUGAAGCCCCAGGUCUAUACUGUAUCCGGAGAAGAUGUGGCUGCGAGCCCCAUGAGUGAGGUUGUUGAUAAUCACUCAAUGGAUAUUGAUCCAUUCUCCUUGACGGAGACCGUUGGCAGAUCCCGUUUCGGGGAAGAGCUGCAAAGACAGCAGAACGGAUCACAAGCCAAGGAACCCGGUAUUGUCAGAGAGCUUUGGUCCGGAUUUCUGGAGGACCUCUUAGGUCCUAAACAGCAGACCCAGAGAAAGUGA